AUGGCUUCGUCACAGAGAUCGACGUCCAAGACGGUGAUGACAAGAACAGACAAAGUCCGUUCAAUCUUUGACAGAUUCGACGCCAAUGGCGACGGAGGCCUUAGCCGCGACGAGAUGGGUGCCCUCGUCACUGCCGUCAAGCCAAACGUCAAGUUCAGCUCCGAUCAGAUCUCCACCAUUCUUGACGAAGUUUUCCGAUCAUAUUCCAAUUUCAUUGAAAAUCCUUUGAUAGGUCUCUCCUUCAACGGCCUUCUUCGCAUCUAUGAUGACGGCACCGGCGACGUUGACAGGGAUUACUCAGCUCUCUUCUCUUCCUCUCCAGUCAUCUCCACAACCCAAUUGAACGAUGCCCCUAAAAUCCCAAACCUUAGUGUUGCAGCUGCUUGUUCUAAGUCGCCCACCCAUGGUGUCCUAUAUGUUAAUACGAGGAAGCUUGUUGAGGAUCUGGAGAUAGCUAUCAUUAGGGGAAUCAAGGGUUGUACUCGUGGUCACUUCAAUGUAAAACUUGAUUAUAGGAAUUUCGUCUGGGAUAAGAAUUGUGCGGAUUUUAGGAAACUUUUGAAGGAGGUGAGGGAGAUUCGGGUUGCAAUUGAUCGGAAUUUUCCAAGAGAAGAAGUGACUUUUGAUGGGCACAUGGCGAUUGGACGGACCCUGCAACGUUAUAAUCUUCUUACAGAGGCUCUUCAGAGCUUCCAGCGCGCGGCGGAUUUGAGGCCGACUGAUGUUUGGCCUCAAUACGAAGUAGGCAAUUGUUUAAGUAAUUUAGGGAGGUUGGAUGAGGCUAAGGUCAGACAUAUAUUGUGUCUGGAGUUGGCAGAGACCAAUUCGAAUAAGUGGUUGUGGUUGUUGCCAUGUCUACAUGUGAAUUUGGGGUAUGUUUUGAAAGAAGAAGGGAUGUUGUUCAGUGCAAGCGAGCAGUAUCGUGAGGCCGCGAUUCUCUCUCCAAAAGAUUCUAAGGGUUUGAUGCUCUCGGGGUUUGCAUUGUAUGAAGUUGGGGAGUAUAGAGCGGCAGAGAAGGCAUUGGAGGAGGCAGUGUUCAGGAACCCAGAAGACUCUGAAGCCCAUUAUAUUCUUGGGUUGGUUUUUCGUGCAGUGGGGGAAGAUGAGAGAACAAUUUUGGAGUUUCAGAGAGCAAUUGAUCUAAAUCCCAACCAUUUGGAUGCGCUGUACAACCUUGGUUGCUUGUUUCAGGAGAUGGGUCGGUAUCAUAGAGCAGCAGAGUUGUAUGGGAGAGUUGGGUUUCCGGCAAACUUUUGGCAAGCUCAGGCAAACCAAGUAGUGUCAUUGUACCGAGCAGGGGAAAUUGUGGAUGCGACGAAAGUGUCGAAAGAAUUGAGGAAGGGCCUCCACAAGAUGACAGACGCUGCUGAGGUAUAUUCUGCAAUGAGAUAUAUGGUUGAUGCAAAUGAUCAUCAGUUGCAGAAGAAUCAUGGUGGCCUCUUGAGUAGUACAUUAGCUAAAUUCAAGAGGGCAUGUGAGAAAACCAUAAGAAGGGAGUGUCUCGCCGAUGCCCUUAUUCGUCACAACAAGGAGUUCCAGAGGAACAGUAAACUUCAUCUUUGUGAUGUUUCUCUUCUGAGUAAGGAGAUAUGUGGAUCUAAAGAAGAAAGGAAAGCAGAGAAUUCAACAAGUAAGGCAGCAUUAGAGGUGAUUUUGAGGAAGUGGCUUCACUUUCUAAAAUCAAGAGUUUUUCAGUUGGCAGUUAAAGAAAUUAAUCAAAAAAUUUUGUCAGUCUUGGAUUCUACCGCUUCUGGGCGAGUGGAAUUGGGCAUGUUCUAUGCUGUCAUUGCUCCCACCUGUGCUGGGGAACCAAACAAUUGCAAGCGUGCCGCCUUUGAUGCUCUAUUAUGGCACUCGAGGAGGAAGAAGGGACAAAAUGUGAUAGAAAAGGUUUAUGCUUUGAAGUAUGUGAGGUACUUGAGGCUCAUUUAUUUACCUUCUCAAGGAUAUAGUACUACUGACCUAUUGAUAGGCCAUGUAGAAGAGGAGAACACAAUGAUUUCAUUCCCUGAGUUCCUUCUUAUAUUGGAUGAUGAUAGACGGGGUUGUGGUUUUAAUUGGCAUCUUCUUCAAAACAUAGGGUGA